GGUGCUACUUGAAACGUUUUGUUCCGAGUAACUAAAUCUUAACAACAACAAACAAGUACUUACCGCACUUAAAUACCUCUUACCAUCGAGCAUAUAUUAAGAGGUGACCUCUCGUUACAAGGAAAAAUAUAAAAUAGUCAAAGCACUGGCUAAAUAUCUCCAGUCGACCAACAAAUUGGCCCACAUUUGACCCGCGACACAUUUAUACCUGGCGCCACAAACAGCCAAACACAGACAACAACUGUCUGGCCGCAGCACCAAGGAUCAGUUGACGCCAUAAACACAACACCCCGCCCUACAGUGUGGCAAGUCUUCCUCUAACACAUACCUCCAUGUAGUCACUGCUCCUCUAUCUACACCACAACACUACAAACACUUUUGAAAUCUUGUCAUUCUCAACAUUGUGUCUCUUGGCAUUUGUACUCGUGCAGUCAUCGGAAGGAAAAAGCUUUCAUGCAAACUGCAUGCACUGUCAAGGAGUGCUACCAUAAAGUCUAACUGUAAUUCACCUUUUAAAAAACAUCAUCAUAACUCAAAGAAAAAAACUAAAGCCUUGCCUAACUGUCAACAGUGACGUAUCUUUCAACACCACUCUUGCAGUCAUCGGAAAAUAUAACUGAAAACCUUCACACAAACGACCUACCUUAAAGCAGAAUUCGAGCUUCAUACCUUCUGAUGCAGAAAUACUUACUAGUGAAAAACACAGGAUUCUGAAAUCAGCUGAAAUAUAGGAAAUUAUAUUCAUAAAUUCAAGCUGUAAAAGAUGGCCGAGCUAAGUGGAAUGGGAGAAAUCACACGGGAAAAUGACUAUACAAAUGUGGAUUUAGACCACUGUCAACACCAGCUAACAAAACAGCAGCAUAAGCCACCAGAACAGAACAAGCAGCCACCAGAACAGAACAAGCAGCCACCAGAACAGAACGAGCAGCCACCAGAACAGAACGAGCAGCCACCAGAACAGAACAAGCAGCCACCAGAACAGAACGAGCAGCCACCAGAACAGAACAAGCAGCCACCAGAACAGAACGAGCAGCCACCAGAACAGAACGAGCAGCCACCAGAACAGAACGAGCAGCCACCAGAACAGAACGAGCAGCCACCAGAACAGCAUCAAUCAUUUGGUCAGUCUGAACCACCAGAGCUUCAGCACCAACAACCAUUAAUUCUGCAAGAUUAUUCACUAGAAAAGCAGCACAAGAUACAAGCCCAACCACAAGAACAGUAUCAACCAUUAGAACAGUGCCAGAUACUUCAAAUGCAGCAUCAGCCACAAGAACAACAACAGUCACCAACACAGCAGCAAAAACCACAGAAACAGCAGCACCAGCCACAGGAACAGCAGCACCAGCCACAAGAGCAGCAGCACCAGACACAGGAACAGCAGCACCAGCCACAGGAACAGCAGCACCAGCCACAGGAACAGCAGCACCAGCCACAAGAGCAGCAGCACCAGACACAGGAACAGCAGCACCAGCCACAAGAGCAGCAGCACCAGCCACAGGAACAGCACCAGCCACGGGCUCAGCAGCAGCACCAGCCACAAGAACAGCAGCAGCACCAGCCCCAAGAACAGCAGCAGCAACCAUCAGAACAAAAGCACCAACCACCAGAAAAGCAGUGUCAGUCAUUACAACAACAUCUAGAACUGCAGCAUCAUAUAUCCUCACAGUGCCAGCCAUUUGAGUUAGGAGAAGGACAACAGCAGCAGGUAGUAUUACAAGAGCUCACACCUCCAGAAGAAAGGUGCCAUUCAUUAAAACAGAAUUACCAACCAUUGGAACAACAGCCUCACUCACCAAAACAGCAGCAUCAGACACUGAAGCAGGAGUCCCAAAUACCAAACCACCAUCACCUACUAGGGCAGCAACACCAAAUAGCAGACCACCACCAUUCAUUUAAACAUCACCAGCAAUCUCCACAACAGCAACAGCUAAAUUAUUCAAAACAGCCACCUGAGCAACAGCAGCAGAGUUUAAAACAGCACGAACAACCAAUGGAGCCACAGUGUCGAACAGCCAAGCAGCAGAAGCUGCAGUUACAGGAACAGUUUCAGCCAAAGUUAAAUAAAUGUAUGCAGCUGUCAAAUACACAGCAACAGUUAAAUACAAAGCAGCAGCAACAAUGCAAAGCAAAAGAACAGCAGAAAAACCGUCCAACUUUGCAGCAAGAGAAACAAAUUUUGCAACAAACUAAAAAACAGAAAAAAAAUUUAGCUGGUGAAAACCAGGAACGCAUCAACUACCUUAUCCAAGUAUCACGGGCAAUGACCAGCAUGGACACUGGGACCUCCAACCCAUCCUCUGUUUCUGAUAACCAUGUACUUGCAGCACAGACUGGUGCCUUGGCAACAGCCAUUGGUCGGCGUUGUGUCAUGCGCUUAGCACCAGCGAUUAAACGAACAUUGUGUAAGGGAUGUGGAAUGGUAUUAGUGUAUGGUGUAAAUGCUAAGGUUCGACACAAAUCAAAACGACAGAAGCACUUGGUGGUGACAUGUCUCACGUGUCAUACCAUUAAAAGGUUUGUAAACAAUCCCAAACACAAACUUUGGUGUGAGCAGGAAGAGGCCAUCAUAUAAAUAACUAAUAAGUGUGAGAGUUUGUAAGAAUAAUUAUUCAAAGAUUAAAAGCAAUGCUUUAUUGUUGCAUAUUUUGUAUCCUUUGUGUUUUAAGUGAGCUGUUUAUAUUGCACUCAGAAUAAAAUGAGAAGAGAGUAAA